AUGAGAGAACCAAAUUUCUCUUUUCCAAGCCAAAACAGAGCUGCCAUAUGCAUCUCAAGCUCCAUGUACGACAGACGUGCCCUUGACUGCACAGACUAUAUCCCACUCAUUAACACCCUCACCAACCUCGCUUAUCUCACUGGCUCCACACCUACCAUCCGUGAAUUCAUUACCCGUGAUGGAGGCUUGGAGCGCCUUGUCACUAUCCUCAAGCACACUAAAGUUCAUGAUAAGAAGAACGGUCUCAAGUGGACCCUCGCUUUUCAAUGCGUGGUCAAUAUCGGUAUUCGUGGCACAGAACAUAUCCGUAAGCGAGUCGUCCAGGCUGGUAUGGUUCCAGUUAUCGUCAAUGUCUUGGAGAGCUUCUUCACUGUCCUUAAAACUGUCAGCGAUGAGAACGAGCGACGGAGAAUGCUGCGACGAGCAGAAGCUGUACAGCAGAAUUCACAGCCAAUCAUUACCAACGGAGAGCUCUCUACAGACCAAGACCCACAGCUUUCAACCGCACCCUUAUCACAACUACCACAAUUUUUUUACCGCGAAGAUGAUAUUCUUCAUUCACUUCAGCUUCUGGCAUAUCUUUCAAAAUAUCCAUCGCUUCGUUCAGCGUUCCACACGGAUACAGGAUCAAAUGUCUUUGCCAUUGUAGAAAAGUUCACAAACAAAGCCAUGUAUCCAGUGGAGAUUCAAUAUUGGGCCGGCGUCAUUAUGCGAAAUGCCUGUCGUAAAGAUGAUUCGAGAAAAGGUAUUCGGCAGUGUGCGUACAUUGGCUGUGGCAAAUGGGAAACUCAACCACGUGAAUUCGCAAAGUGUCGUAGAUGUCGCAAGGCAAAGUACUGUAGUAAGCAAUGCCAGAGUAAAGCAUGGAAUGAAGGUCAUCGCUGGUGGUGCGUCGAAAAG